GGCUGUAAUUAGGGAUCUGGGAGGAGAACUUUCCUGGUGACGCUCUGCUUUGCUUCUGCUCUUGGUGAGAAAGUGCCUCCUUCCCAGGAUCAGGACCUCUGCCAUCCAGCGCCACAGAGAGACAUUCUCUCCACACACACACACACACACACACACACGCACACACUGCCCAGAGACAAACUUAAGGUGAGGAGAAACUGCCAUAGCUUCACUUGAUCUCCAGCUUCCAACUUCAGCAGGACUUGAAAGCAUCUGAACUUUUGGAUUUCAGGACAAGUGAAGAAAAUUCUCUGGGCUACAAAGAUGAAGAGUUUACUUCUUCUGGUGCUGAUUUCUAUUUGCUGGGCUGAUCACCUUUCAGACAACUACACUCUGGAUCAUGACAGAGUGGUUCACAUCCAAGCAGAAAAUGGCCCCCGUCUACUCGUGGAAGCAGAACAAACCAAGGUGUUCUCACACCGAGGCGGCAAUGUCACACUGCCAUGUACAUUUUAUCGAGACCCUACAGCAUUUGGCUCAGGAAUCCACAAAAUUCGAAUUAAGUGGACCAAGCUCACUUCAGAUUACCUCAAGGAAGUGGAUGUUUUCGUUUCCAUGGGCUACCACAAGAAGACCUAUGGAGGCUACCAGGGUAGAGUGUUUCUGAAGGGAGGCAGCGACAAUGAUGCUUCUCUGGUCAUCACAGACCUCACCCUGGAAGAUUAUGGGAGAUACAAGUGUGAGGUGAUUGAAGGACUAGAAGAUGACACCGCUGUGGUAGCGUUAGACUUACAAGGUGUGGUAUUCCCUUACUUUCCACGACUUGGGCGCUACAAUCUCAAUUUUCAUGAGGCCCAGCAGGCCUGUCUGGACCAGGACGCUCUGAUCGCCUCCUUUGAUCAGCUGUAUGACGCCUGGCGGGGCGGGCUGGACUGGUGCAACGCCGGCUGGCUUAGUGAUGGCUCUGUGCAGUAUCCCAUCACCAAGCCCCGAGAGCCCUGUGGGGGCCAGAACACGGUGCCCGGCGUCAGGAACUACGGGUUUUGGGAUAAAGAUAAAAGCAGAUAUGAUGUUUUCUGUUUUACAUCCAACUUCAAUGGCCGUUUUUACUAUCUGAUCCACCCCACCAAACUGACCUACGACGAAGCCGUGCAAGCUUGCCUCAAUGACAGUGCUCAGAUCGCGAAAGUGGGCCAGAUCUUCGCUGCCUGGAAACUUCUGGGCUAUGACCGCUGCGACGCGGGCUGGUUGGCGGAUGGCAGCGUCCGCUACCCCAUCUCCAGGCCCAGGAGACGCUGCAGCCCCACCGAGGCCGCGGUGCGCUUCGUGGGGUUCCCAGAUAAAAAGCAUAAGCUGUACGGUGUCUACUGCUUCCGAGCGUACAACUGAGCGCGCCCCCAGAGCGUGUCGGUUCUCAAGUCACCAAGAACAUGUGAAAGGUUUCGUUGUCAGUAUGAACUCACGCAAGCUACCAAAACUGUGAUAACCCUUUUUUACUUACUGUAAAGAGUCAUUUUCAUAAAGACCAAUUCAUUGAUUUGUUUUUGUAAAGCUAUCAUUCAAUAUAUAUUAUAAAUUAAUAUAAUUUUAAGGGAAGCUUUACAUAAGAAGGCUUUAGAGCUAAACUGUUUAAGCUGUUUCCUCCCAACAAAGUAACCUUCCACGAACGGGCCAUGCAAUAGGUUGAGAACUGCUAGGGUUAAGUUGAGGCAAGGAAAGCUGCUCAGAGCAGCGGCUCUCACAAGCACAAACUUUACACAUUUGUACAAUUUUGAAAUGCACUACCAUGAACCAGUUACAACAAACGAUUUGAAAUACAGGCUUCUUUACAUGAACUGAGAAGUUACACAAAACUCUGUUUCACAAGGGAACAAUCUAUACUUUUCUAAAAGUUCGUAUUUCGAGCCUCCAAUAAACAGACUAUUUUACUCUUUAAAAUUCUGCCUUUUUGACCAAAACCAACAACAACAAAAUUCAUAUGGAUUCCAGUGCACAGGAACAAGCACAGCUAUAACUCCUUCAUAAUUCCAUUUAUAUGAAGUAUGAGACUUAAGCAGAGAAUAGUUAACCAAUGAAAAACUUCUGCCAUGUUAUCAUUAAAAUUACACAUGCCUAGGAAGAAUUGUUUUAUCUUUUGAGUAGCUUUACUGAGUUAUAUUUAAAUUCUAAGGGCCAUUUGCUAAGCAGCAUUUAGCAUCUACUCAGGGCAGUUCUAUAGAUAAACUGCUGGACAGAUAAAUGGUAAAACUUAGCAGCUUGAUUUUAUGUUAGCCUAUAAAAUGUUAUUGUCCUACAAAAAUAACUUUAUUUAAUAUUUCUUUUUUAUUUACGUUAUGUGAAAAAAUUACAACAUAAAAGAGUAACUAUAUACUUGACUAGCCAAGAAACAAAGACCCAACUUUCAAAAUUCUUAUUAUUCCUGUUUCUGUACACACCAGAAAGUCCAGCUGGUGCCUGUGUUUGGGAGGAAAGGUCAACAAUGUAGGUCUAAACGUUCUCCCAAAUAGAAAAUGUGCUCAAUAGUGUCCCUUUCCUUGCUGGUCAUCACUAGGCUUAAAUGAAAUGCUGACGUUGUCAUCCACGAGUUUACACUAGAAUCUUCAGGCCUUUAAAUAAAAGGUUAAGUCCAGCUUCAAACAACAACAACAACUUUCCACAUUAGCAGCUCCGAUCUUAAAUAAAGCUCUGUUUUUCUAUAUUUUUAUGACUGCUGAGACCCCACAGGGACCAAUAUUUGUAUUCAAAUUACAUUUCAUGGUUUCCCAUCGUUUCACAAAUGACUUCUAGUAAAUGGGAUUUAGUAUAAUAAUCCAAGUAUGACAUAGCUGGUAUGCUUUCAAGAAUGUUUUUAUGUAGAUUUUCCUUCCAUGAACAUGAGUAAAUAAAUCUGUUUCCUGAAUUGAUUGUGGUUGCAUUUAAAGCUCUGUAAUAAUUCUAAUAAAUAUAAAUGUAGAGUUAUGUGUGUGGAAGGUAUAGAACAAUUGGAAGUCCAUGAAAACAGAACCAUAUUCAUAUGCUAUCUAGAAAAAAAAUGUAAAUAAAAGUAGAUCCUUUCUUUCAUCAAAAAAUACCUAGAAAUGUUCAGAUGCUUUAAUAGUAAAAGAUGACAAUGUAUGCAUGCACAUUUUUAAGUUAGGUUGGAUAUGCAAGCUGUACAAAACUACAAAUCCAAAGAGAUUGUGAGUUUAAACUUAAACCCUGUUGGUAUAAAUAGAACUCAUCCUUCUAAAUUAAAGAUACCUGAAUGGCCUAGGAUAAGACUAUUAUAUCAUUGAAAGAAGGGACUAUCUCCAAAGUGACAACUCUAACACCUGAAAUAUGGGGGCAAGCUCACUGGAGAAAGUCCAUACUUGAAGUAUUAUUAUCUAUGCUACAAGAAAUUUGUUGGAAAUAUAAGUGAGAACAAAUUUCUUUUCAGGCAUAUAAUUUUCAGUUACUAGUGCAGCACUCGACCUGUAUAAUGUUAAGUAUAGUAGCAUUUCUUAACUUUUAAAUACUUAUUCGCAUAGGAAUUGGUGCUGAUUAAAAUCUCUGGAGUGACUGUUAGCUGAUUAAAAUCUAUACCAAUUGCACACUGUCUUGCCAUUCUUGUAUAAAACAAAAACAAAAAUCUUAACACAGUGAAUACUGCUGAGCAGAAUUUUUAUCUUCGGAUUUUGCCCAAAGGAUCAGAAUUUCCAUGCCCUUUAGACUUCUACUUGAAUGAGUCUUUUUAAUGUUCUCAUUUUGCUGUUUUUUCCACCAAACGUCUGUUUUCCUAUUUCAUUUCCUAAUAUAUCUCACUGAGAAUGUCUGAAAAAAGAAAAGGUUAUUCUAGUACAAGCCUGACAGAAUGUCGGUGCAAUACUGGCCAAUUCAGAAGUUGCUCUUUAGACUUGGAUUGCAAGAAUAUCAGAGGGAUGAGAUGGGAAGCUGAACUAGGAAAAUUUGUUUCGAUUAUUUUGUUCAUAAUUAACACAAAGUAUAUCUGCAAAUUUCACUAAAAUGCCUACAUUUGAAAAUUGGAACAAAAAGAAGCAAUUCAUAUAAGAACAUUGGAAGUGAAAACAAGUUGGUCACCUUAACACUGGAAGCCAUCUUUGAAUGAUCGCUGCCAUAUUUUAUCACAGUAAUUUUUAGCCAAAUAUGGUAUUUGUAAAUUUAAACAUUCUCUCAUGAAAAGGGGGCCGGUACCUGUUAAAGUGUUAUUUUAUGCAAUAAUAUAGUUGCUUAUUAUUUUGGCAAUUAGAAGUAGACUCAAAGGAGAUUCCAAUUUGGUUGCUGGCAGCCAUACUGGGUUUCUUGGUUUUAGUACUCCGAAGAAUAGGUGGUCUCAUGGACUAGCUGACCACUAAGUAGGAGAUGAGUAAAGGGAAUCACUUAUCAGUUUUAGCAUAAGGAAGAUCAAUGGAUAACUGACAUGGUUUUCUUGAGAAGUUAAUCAUCAUCGCUCACUACUGCCAGAGCAGGAAUCGGUACACACUAAAAGACAUGAAAAAUAAAAGUCAUUAAACCACCUGAUUAAAAGAAAAUCAGUCUUUAAAGGCAUUUAAUAGAUACCAAGUAUAAAUUUGAGAAUAAGAACCAAUCUGUAUCACCAAAAAAAUGUUUUCAUUUUCUGUAAGAUACAAUGAACUGGUAAACAAAUAUUAAAAGUCAAUUUUGUGUUACUGCA